UGUUCACAGUGGAACUUAGAGUCUGUGAGUCUACAGUCUGAACUCUGCAGAGUCUGAACCUCAGCUGCUCUGACUCGGUAUCAUGAGUCCAACCAGCUGUUAACUCGUCUCUUCUUCCAUUGAUCCACAUUCAGUUCUCACACAAUGAAAGACAGAUGUCUGUGUUCAAGUCUCUGGUUGUGUGGAUCCUCAUCAUGUGGACUUUCACCACAGCAGAUGAUGAGGUCUCCUGUGUUUUAGAGGAGAGCUGCAUCUUACCCUGCAGUUUUCAACCUGGUACAGACCCAGAAAUUUACUGGAUGCAUGUGAAACAAGGAAACACUCGUGUUCACUCCUACUACAGUGACAGAGACCAGUUUGAACGCCAGGGCGAGCGCUUCAAAGGCCGGACAUCGCUGUUCACAGAUCAGAUCUCCAGUGGAAAUGCCUCGAUGAGGCUGACGGGGCUGCAGCUUCAGGACCAGGGCAGAUACGAGUGUUACACCAACACCAUCACUGGAGCCGGCAAGUCGUCAUUUAUCAACCUGAGAGAAGCUGCUCCGGUGCGUCACGUGGACAUUGAGCAGGUGGAGGACAGCUUCACCUGCCGCUCAGAGGGGAUCUACCCCGAGCCGCAGCUCACCUGGUCCACCAGGCCUCCGUCCACCUUGACCCUUCAGAACCAAACCACAGUGAAGGAGACGGAGCAGCAGCUCUAUGAGAUCAGCAGCACACUGACACUGUCAGACAGAGACACUGUUCUGAUCUGCAGCAUCAGCACUCGCCAUGGCAGGAGGAGCGUGGUGUGGUAUCAACCCACUCCCGUCCCUGUGUCACCGUUUAAAACAACAACAACAAUCCACUGCACUGCUCCAAACACCAAACCCCCGACACACUGGGUGUGGAAAUUCAACCACAGGCAGAUCAUUGUGAACCAGACCGGGGUCGACGGCCUCCACAGCGUCUCAGAGCAGUGGAGGCAGCAGGUGGAGGAUGUGUCAGCGUCAGGCAGCCUCACGCUGCACCACUUAUCUUCAGAUCACCAGGGAACGUUCACCUGUGAACUCAGUAGUGAAGAGGAGACGCACUUCAUCAACAGCUACGUGACGAUAGAGAAAGGUUCAGUUGCAGCAGUUGUGGUCGGAGUCCUCGUUGUGUUUGUAGCAUUCGGAGCUGGAGCAGGAUUCCUCUACUUUAUAAGACUAAAGAUGCUUCAGAGGAUAUAUUUAAAAGUCGGUGAAGGUGAACUCUCAAAGACUCAGUGUGAAGACGUGGCCUCGGCUCUGAAGUCAAACCCCUCACUUCUGAGAGAACUGGAUCUGAGUGACAACGAGCUGCAGGAUUCAGAAGUGAACCUGCUGUGUUCUGGACUGGAGAGUCCAAACUGUCGACUGGAGUCUCUGAGGUUGUGGAGCUGCAGACUGUCAGAGAUCAGCUGUUCUUCUCUGGCUUCAGCUCUGAGGUCAAACCCCUCUCAUCUGAGAGAACUGGAUCUGAGUAACAACGACCUGCAGGACUCAGCAGUGGAGGAGCUGUGUGGUUUUCUACAGAGUUCAACCUGUCGACUGGAGACUCUGGGGUUGGAGAGCUGCAGUCUGUCAGAGAUCAGCUGUUCUUCUCUGGCUUCAGCUCUGAGGUCAAACCCCUCUCAUCUGAGAGAACUGGAUCUGAGCUACAACAACCUGCAGGACUUAGCAGUGGAGGAGCUGUGUGGUUUUCUACAGAGUCCAACCUGUCGACUGGAGACUCUGAAGUUGGAGAGCUGCAGUCUGUCAGAGAUCAGCUGUUCUUCUCUGGCUUCAGCUCUGAGGUCAAACCCCUCUCAUCUGAGAGAACUGGAUCUGAGCUACAACAACCUGCAGGACUUAGCAGUGGAGGAGCUGUGUGGUUUUCUACAGAGUCCAACCUGUCGACUGGAGACUCUGAAGUUGAGGUACUGCAGUCUGUCAGAGAUCAGCUGUUCUUCUCUGGCUUCAGCUCUGAGGUCAAACCCCUCUCAUCUGAGAGAACUGGAUCUUAGAGGAAACAACCUGCAGGACUCAGGAGUGAAGGAGCUGCUUGAUCUAAAGCAGAGUUCAACCUGUCGACUGGAGACUCUGAGCUCAGACAAUGAAGAAAGUGAUGAGAACACAAACCAUGAAAAGAAGGAAAUGCUGUCUGAGACAGAAAGACAAACAAAUACCUCAGGAUGAAGAAGAGGAUUUGUAUUUUAUAUCUGGUACUAUUUUG